CACUGAUGUUUCACUAGAGGAAGUGUACUUUGCUCAGCAGGGAGGGGCCUGUGGUUUCUUUAGAAAGUGUAGACUUAAUAAUUGCUACAGUACGAGGGCCACGUUCCUUUUAUGUCUGUAACAAUUGCAAAUACAAUGUAACUACAAAAACAACAAACGUUAUUGAAGAAUCAACGAAAUCGAACGUGGGGUAAAAAGGCGGUUUACAUCAAAGCGGAACCAGAAAGGCUCUCGCUCGCAUCCAUCCAGACUCAGAGUGCAAUCAGAGAUACUAAAAAGCCUCUACAUAAAAUAUUGUCCCUGUUUAUAUGACCUUUAAUUCCGAAUAAUCACAUUUUGGUAACAAUAAACAAAAACGUAUUACACAACAAUCCUCCCUCCCAGCAACCAUGUCCCUGGCCCUAAAGCAAGUCUUCAACAAGGACAGGACAUUCCGGCCCAAGCGCAAGUUUGAGCCUGGAACUCAGCGCUUUGAGCUACACAAAAAAGCACAAGCAUCCCUUAAUUCAGGCCUGGACCUGAAGCAGGCAGUGCAACUGCCGCAUGGCGAAGACCUGAACGACUGGGUGGCCGUUCACGUGGUGGACUUCUUUAACCGCAUCAACCUCAUCUACGGCACCAUCAGUGAUUCCUGUACAGACCAGACCUGCCCCGUUAUGUCAGGUGGGCCCAAGUACGAGUACCGCUGGCAGGACGAACACAAGUACAAGAAACCCACUGCUCUCUCUGCGCCCAAAUACAUGAGCCUGCUAAUGGACUGGAUUGAGGUGCAGAUCAACAAUGAACAGAUCUUCCCCACUAAUGUCGGUACGCCAUUCCCCAAGACCUUCAUGCAAGUAGCAAAGAAGAUCUUGUCUCGUUUGUUCCGUGUUUUUGUCCAUGUCUACAUCCACCACUUUGACCGUGUGAGCCAGAUGGGAGCUGAAGCCCACGUGAACACCUGUUACAAACAUUUCUAUUACUUUGUUACUGAAUUGAACCUCAUAGACCACAAAGAACUGGAGCCUCUGAAAGAGAUGACAUCUCGGAUGUGCCACUGAAAAAAAAAAAGAGAGCGGACCCUCACAUUCCACACAGAUCAGAAGAACCACCCAAAUUAAAAAUUAAAAAGCAUAUGAAACAGAAAGCUAACUUGCAAAGACUCUAUUUUUAUACACUUUUAAAGUACUGUAAUCUAUUUAGCGAGAGACAUCUCUGUAUUCUGAUGUGUUAGGCAUAUGGAGAAUAUUUUUUAUUAAAAAUCAGUAUUAACGAUUAUUUUUGUUUUCCAAAUUUGUUUCUGAAUCAUUCCUUUUUUCCUGUUGACAUAAUCUAUAACAUACAGAUUAUAUUUGUGACUAUUUAUGUAUGUGGUUGAGAUAUUAAACCCAAUCUGUCUUGUCUGUGUA